GUUUUUACUUUACUAAUAAUACAAUCUCCAUUGUAAGACACAACAGUCUCCAUGGACACAAAUACACAACAAUAUUAGGUCUGUCUUUGCACUACACGGUACCUUGGACUAUAGUCUCUCCGUAAGCUUUUUCUUAAUAUCUUAACAGAGUUCUUAUGAUCUCCAUCAUUUUUUUGCGCAGCAGGGGCCCAUCAGACAGUCAUGUCUCCACUCGGUGGUGGAUCUCUCUUACUGGCUUGGCAACUAAAAGGAAAGCAUGUGCUCGUUGUUGGCGGUGGUGACGUCGCUUCUGGUCGCAUCGAAUCUGUCCUAGCUGCUGACGCCCGUGUGACGCUUAUCAGUCCAAGCAACGGACUGCACCCUCUUACUAAAUCCUUCCUCGAUGAACCUUACAAUAUCACCUACCAUGACCGCCUUUUCGCAGGCGUAGAAGACCUAGCCGACGUUGACCUGGUUUUGACCGCGAUUGAUGAUGUGGCGCAGUCUCAUGUCAUCUGUAGCCUAUGCAGGGAGCUUAAGAUCCCUGUUAACGUGGCUGAUAUCCCGGAGUCAUGCGACUUUUAUUUUGGCUCUCAAAUUCGUGACGGCCCUCUUCAAAUUAUGAUCUCAACGAAUGGAAAUAGCCCUAAACUAGCUAAUCUCAUACGGAAGAAGGUCGAGCAAAGCCUUCCAGAGCAUGCUGGAGAAGCAAUUACCAAAGUGGGCGAGCUGAGGACAAAGUUGAAGGAAAGAGCACCUGGAGUGGGCGGUGCAAUUGGGAAGAGACGGAUGCGGUGGAUGAUCGAUGUCUGCACUUCUUGGGAAAUGGAGGAGCUUGCUCUAUUGGAUGAUCAGAUGAUAAGAAAGCUUCUCGAUGACGGUUGGGAGAAGAAUGCAGUACCAUCUCCUGGCGAGCUCGGAGCUAGGUCAUCCCAUCAGGCGUACAAAACCACACCGAAUUUCUUGGCUCCUGUCGUUUUUGCUACGACGUUGAGCUUUGUUGCGGGCGCUGCUUGCGCCGGUCUUUUUUUACUCUCCCGACGAAGGUGAUCCUCACGUACCCGCCCUGCCCUGCCUCGACGUAGGCGCUGUCAUAUUUCAUUUUGUUCAUACCAUUUCUCAUAUCUGGGCCUGAACUACGUACGAUCGAUUAUCCACUAUCGUUACCGACAGUAGGCAGCAAUAGGCGUUAUCGUGGUCACCUCGCGGCAACGUUUAGUGUGUUAAUAACCCUACUCAAUAACAGUUUAUUCGGCCAGUUUAUUUUUUUGAGCGAGCAGGACGAAAUAAACUGGAAUAAACU